AUGGUCGGUAACGAGGAUAAACCCCGGUAUCGGACAAGAAAGGGGAAAAUAUCAACAAAUGUUCUAGGUGUUUGUGAUCGUAAUCUGAAUUUCAGUUAUGUGCUAACCGGUUGGGAAGGAUCGGCUGCGGACUCUCGAAUCCUACGAGAUGCAAUUAAUAGACCUCAUGGCCUUAGGGUCCCAAAGGGGAACUACUAUUUGUGUGACAACGGUUACGCGAAUAGUGAUGGUUUUCUAACGCCUUUCAAGGGUGUUAGAUACCAUUUAAAAGAGUGGGGUCCGAAUAAUGCACGACCACAAAAUAAAGAAGAGCUAUUUAAUCUGAGACAUAGUAAGGCGAGAAACGCGAUAGAGCGAGCCUUUGGCAUAUUGAAGAUGAGAUGGGGUAUUCUUAGGUCUCCAUCAUUUUAUCCUAUUCGGGUGCAAAAUAGACUCAUAAUGGCAGCCUUCUUACUCAACAAUUUUGUUCGGAUGGAGAUGCCGAUCGACCCCAUAGAACAGCAACUAGACAAUACGCCUCAAGACAAUGGGUUGGCCAUAGAUGCAACACAUGAUGAAUUCAUAGACGUCGUUCAGUGUUCCCCCGAAUGGAAUGCGGCGAGGAAUGCCUUGGCCGAAGCUAUGUGGUCGCAGUAUUUGAAUAAUAAUUAGGAUGGACGCUGCUUCGGAGGUAUCAACACGCACCCCUCAAUGUAGUUGCGGCAAUGGAAACAAGGAGCUCAAGUGCGCGAGCUAUACAUCAGAGAAUCCCGGUCAAUUCUACUACAAAUGUCCUACGGGUAAGAACCAUUGGAAGGGCUUUUAUUGGUAUGACGAGUUCCAUCGGCUUGGAAGACGAAAUGUGACUUCCACUGCCGGCUCUUCUCGAAGCGUAGUUUUCAGCCAACCAACUACUGCUACACCCAUAUCUCAGCCUGCAUCACCAAACGUUGUCACCAAUAUAGGUCUACAUGGAAGUGGAUUGACAUUACCCCGUAGCUAUUUGGAGUUCAUUUGCGCCGUGCUUGGUCUCACAAUAUUUGUUCUAAUCCUAGGCAUUGUUAUGGGUAAAGUCAUGUGAGGGUAUGUGAUUUGGUACUUCGUUGCAUCGUCCAAACAAUUUCAAGUUUUAUUUCUUUCAUUUGGGAUUCGACUUAUCUAGAGAAACUGUUUGCAGGAUAUUAUACAGUAUGGCAAACUGCC